UACAGAAGUUGAACCAGUACGUCAACUUUUACCAGAGUAGUUUUUUAACACAAGUACUUGUGCUUCUACUUAAGUACAGAAUGUCGGUACUUUGGCCACCGCUGCAAACUUGUGACCUCUGUCUCUCUCUGUCACAAAGUGUAGGCCAUGUCUUCGUCUGACGACCGAGGCUUGUGUGUGCUCUGUCACGCAUGUGUUGGCACCCUAGGCAAACAUUUUAAAAACACGCAUAAAGUUCAACAUCCCGAGGAGCGGAAAAUUUUGAUUAAUUUGAGCAAAGGCCGUAUAAACGUUAGGUGUUGCCCUUGCUCCAUUCCCGGGUGCAAUUAUGUACCCGGGAAACAUUUGGACCGGCACAUCGACCGGUACCACAUCGAGCUCUCUGCGGAAGCAAAGACUCGCUUUUUAAAGCACGCGAAAAUCUUACAAGCAACGAAGCUCUUAUCAGAGCUUCGACAAACAAACCCUCAGCCUCCCAUGGUCACGACGUUGGACCUGGAAGAGGUAGAGGUUCCCGAAUAUAGAACAACACAACCCCAGCAGGAGCCAGGGCCCGUCUGUGGGACGCAAUCUUGCAUCGAACUUUUUAACAGACAAAGCAAAGAGAUGCGGGCUUUGAAAACCGAAAAUAAGCGUCUGCUCGAGAGGAUCGGCGACCUCCAGCGGAGCUUAGGUGUGUGCAAGAGGGUGGCGGCGGGGCUGCGCAAGGGACCCUCUGUGUUGGCUCAGCCAGUUCUUCAUCCGGUACGAAGGCGAAAGCGAAGGCGGGCGGAGGCGUCAGCAGCAGCGCAGCAGGAGGAGGAGGAGCAGCAGCAGCAGCAGCAGCUGGAGGAGCAGCAGCAGCAGCAGCUGGAGGAGCAGCAGCAGCUGGAGGAGGAGGAGGAGCAGCAGAAGGAGAAGCAGGAAUCAUCUCACGGGGAGGUGGACCCUGAGCAGCAUGUGGAAGGACCCGAAGCGGCGGAGGUCAUCGAGCUCGCAAGGGUGGAGACCGUAGAGGUCGGUGAGACGGAGGAGCGAGAGCAGUCGGGAAGUGCAGCUGCCGAGAGCAAAACACCGGACGCUUCGGGGGAAGGAAAGCUCUGUACCUGGUCCGCUGGCUCCGGAAAAGGCAACCAGAUGCACUUGCUCAAGCUCCCCGAAUCCAUGAGCACCUACCUCGACCGCUUCCAGUCCUUCCAUUUACACGAGUUUGGGACACAAAAGAUGAAGGAGGGGGCGAGCUCCAGGGUCAGCAGAGUCAAGAGUUUCCUGCACUACAUGUCCUUAGGCAAAAUCCGCCUGUCGGACUGGCAGUUCCUCUACGAUGUGGAGAAGAUCAAAGCUUGGAUACGUGAGAUGAGGAACUCGGGCAAGAAAAUCACGACCGUCAGGUACUACCUCCACAACAUUGCCCAGUUCCUAGAAUAUCUCCUGAACGUGAGGCCGAAACACAUGAAGCUGACCCUGGAGCAAAACCGGGAGAUCCUGCAGCUGGUGGAGAAGGCCAGGAAGGAGACGAGCCGCGACAUUGUCGUCCACCAGAACCGUGUCAAGCGGAAAAAGAUGGACCAGAUACCCGACGCCGAGACCAUCCGCACCUGCCUGCGCGUGGCUCCGGCCGCCAUCUCCGACCUGCUCGAUAAGCUGGAGGCUGACUCCAGGCAAACAACCACCCGCUACCUCCUGUAUGGGUACCUGACCGCGUACUGGGCCUGCAUGAGCGGCCACAAGCCCAGCGUCUUCAUUAAUAUGAAGGAGGACGAGGUCGUCGCCUCGGAGAAAAAACUGACAGACCAGGGAGUCCUCAUUAGGGUGGCUGACCACAAGACCACCGUCAGGUUCGGGGAGGCCAACCUGGCUGUGACUCGUGCUGAAUUUGACUGGAUCAGGCGUCUUCUGGCUAUAAAGCGUACCGUGAGGUCCAGAAAUCGCUACGUCCUGUUCACUCUGGGCAAGCAUCCCUUCAAAAACGUGAACAGGUACCUCCAGAUGGCGUGGGACAAAAUGGGCCUAAAGGGGGAAAUUAACUUCACCCUCAUCAGGACGGCCCUGGCAGACGGCGCAAAGUCGCUGCUGCCCGAGGAGCAGAGACGGAAAGUGUCCUUCUCAAUGUGCCACGACACCAGGACGGCUGACCGGUUCUACACCAGGAACCCCAACCUGUCAGACGCCAUGGAGGUACGAAAGACCAUGGAGAGGAUGCUUUCCGGUCUAGACCUCACGCCCACGCCAAGUCGCGCCGUAGCGCUCGACCCAAAACGGCUGACGCCGUCCGAGCCAGAGGACGCACCUGGCCCGUCGGACACCGCCCUUCCCGGCCCAAGCGGAACCGCGCAGGCUAAAAGGGGUGGGAAAAAGACCGCAAAAAGACAGAGGGAGACCACCGCUUCGUCCGACUCCGACUCCCAGGAAGACAUCAAGGUGCCGUAUCAGGAGUCGGGCUCCUCCAUGUCCAGCCUGGAGGAGAUGGAGGACUCUUCCAAGGAGGAGGAGGACGAGGAGGACAGGGAGAAGAUCGUGCCUGUGAAAAGACAGCGAUUAAGUCAGUGUGCGGUGAGCAUCAGUCCGCUUAAGACGGCAAAUCUGAGGGUCCAGAGGACCAGAGAGGCCAGCCAGAAGGUCAAACGUGUGCUUAGGAAACACACUGGCUUGUAGUUGGGAUCUUGUGGUGUGAUGUUCGUGUGACAGUUCAGAUAUUUUUCAUAAUGUUUGCAAGUUUUACACUUCUAAUCAGUGCUGCUUUAUAUGCGUGACUGUUCAGGUGUUUUUCAUAAUGUUUGCAAGUUUUACACUUCUAAUCAGUGCUGUUUUAUAUGCGUGACUGU